AUGAAUGAUCAAGUCUAUGAGGCAAUUAUUAAAAUUGAACCACCAGAAUAUUCAACAGGGGACAUUAAACUCGAAAUUGAAAAUGAAUUUGAUGCCCUUGAUGUUACUGUUAAAUCAGAAUCGUUUACUGAAGACGAUGAUACGUGUUUAGAAAGAUUCAUGAAUUCCGAGGUGACAAUUAAAGAAGAAGUCAAACAGGAGUCUUUUGAUUGUGACAUUUGUAAUCAAUCAUUUGCAGAAUCACAUCAUCUAACAAAGCAUAUGGUCGAUCACAUGCCUAGCGAUAGUAAAGAACAAGCCAUGAAAUGUGAAAUCUGUCAAAUGACUUUCAAACAAUCAUUUUUUUUUAAAAAUCACAUGGACUAUCACAAUGAUAAGCCUCAAACGUCACAUGAAUGCAAAGAAUGCAAUAAAACAUUCACACGAUCCGGUGAUUUGAAAAAGCACAUGCUGAUACACACUGGUGAGCGUCCCUAUGAUUGCAAUGUAUGUAAUAAGACAUUCAGACAUUUAGGUACUCUAAAAAGUCACAUGCUGAUACACGAAGGGAUACGUCCCCAUGAAUGCAGCGUAUGUAAGAAGACAUUUAGACAUUUAACUAGUUUCAAAAAUCACAUGCUGAUACACAAAGGGAUACGUCCCCAUGAAUGCAGUAUAUGCAAGAAGACAUUCACACAUUCAAAAAGUCUCAAAAAUCACAUGCUCAGUCACAGUGGUGAGCGCCCCCAUGAGUGCAGUUUAUGCAAUAAGACAUUCACACAAUCGUGUACUCUGAAAUCUCACAUGCUCAUUCACACUGGUGAGCGUCCCUAUAAAUGCAGUUUAUGCAAUAAGACAUUCACACAUUCAAGUAAUCUGAAAUCUCACAUGCUCAUUCACACUGGUGAGCGCCCCCAUGAGUGCACUAUAUGCAAUAAAGCAUUCGUACAAUUAAGAAAUAUGAAAAGACACAUGCUGAUACAUACUGGCGCAAGCACUCAUAAAUGCACAAUUUGUAAUAAGACAUUCACACAUUCAUUGAGUCUCAAAAAUCACAUGCUCACUCACAGUGGUGAGCGCCCUCACGAAUGCAAAGAAUGCAAUAAGACAUUCACCCAAUCUGGUCAUUUGAAAACACACAUGCUCAUUCACAGUGGUGAGCGCCCUCAUGAAUGCAAAGAAUGCAAUAAGACAUUCACACGAUCCGGUGAUUUGAAAAAACACAUGCUGAUUCACAAAGUCAUCUAAAAAAA